UCGAGACAAAAUUUCCAAAAUCCAAUAAAUCAGAUAGGUUAACCGCAAGAGCCUUCCGUUUGGUUACGGUGCUUUUGUCAGCGUAAAGAAUGGAGUCAGGUGCGAAGGAGGAAGAGAACGUGAUGGGAUACAACGGCAACAACGUGGAGAAAGCCAAGUUACAGACAACGCUGGCCGCUCUCCUUGACGAUCCAAUCCUCGCCGAUGUCCCUAAGAAACCCACUUUGUCCGAUGUUGAUACCCUCAUCAGCCUUGAACUGGGGAGUGCCAUGCGCAUCUCUAUCCUCAAAUUAGAUGGAACCUCUUUCGAUGUUGCAGUGAUGAAUUCGGCCACGGUGAAAGACUUGAAGCUCGCAAUCAAGAAAAAAGUGAAUGAGUCAGAGCAGUCCAAGAUGGGUCAUCGCCACAUUUCAUGGAAGCACGUGUGGGCCAAUUUCUGCCUAGCACACUACAAUGAGAAGCUCCUUGAUGACGGCGCUGCGCUUCAGGAUUUUGGUGUCCGAAAUAACUCUCAGGUACAGUUUUUACCCUAUGUUGUCUCAAAGGGUUCUGGGAGCCAUUCUAGGAGGAGAAAACACCGUUUCUUCCAUGGGCUGAACAAGCGUUCAUGAAGACAUUCAAUCAUGUUGCUGAUCUCAUGGCUCUACGUUGAUAUUUCCCUACAUAAACAAAAAUGCUAGUAUUCUUGUUAUCUAAUCCAAGUCAUUCAAGAAAUUCGGAAGUAUUUCAUUUGGGGUGAUUUUGCUGAAAAGUUCAGGUGAUUUCCUGACAAAUUUUUGCUUCAAGGCAAAUAUAAUAACAUAUACUAUGAUGUAAAAACUGAAGGAAUAAUACAUACUGCUUUAUAGUAAUUUGAUCCUAACAUUUAAUUUUUCACAGAUGCUCCUU